AAUCAAAAUGUGGAACUGAUAAAAAAUCGUUUCAUUAGGCGUUAGUUCAAACGAUAACACAGCUACGGAUAAUGUUACUUAAAAUUAUUUUCCUGUCCGAUUAUUCUAUUUGUAUAAAAAUUGUAUUAAGUGCGUCGCGGAAACAUUUAGGCACAAAUUAAAUGGUGCAUUUCUCAUGUAUUAGUGUUGUGUUAUUUGAAAAUAGUAAUGAUAUUUCUAAUGAGCGAAGCUUAUCUGGUGUGAAAGGUUAUUUUUGUAUCUAACACCGGUACGUUCAGUUCAUUUCUAGUGCAAGUCGUAAACAACCGGAUUGUUCCGUAAUAGAAAAUAAAUAUACCCUCAAUAUUAAGUGUACGUGAUAUUGUUGGUUGAAGUAGUGUUGAUUAGAAACAUAGUUUUUCUUAUAAAUUUUUCUUGUACUUUAUUUAAACAAUAGCACUCUGCUCGUUUGUGUGUGCACUACUCAUACUCAUGUCAACUUCAAAUACAGUUCGGCAUAGAAAGAGGGCGGAGAAUUAUGACAGUAAUCAAAAAAAUAUCACUAAGCAGAAUGGUGAUGUUGAUUCAGAGUUUACGACCAGGGAGUCGCCACUGACGGUUCUUAUAGACAAUUCUCCACAUAUAAGAGCCCUGUACCAUAUUUUCGUAGUCAUUUUGCUGAUGCUGCUGUUCGACACCAUGAUUUAUGACCUUGUGGAAAGAGGAAAAAUAAAUAUUGGGUUAAAUGUGAUUAUCUCCGGUUUUGGCGACAUAAAAAGAGGAGCUUUACUCUGGCUGUUUGAAUUCGCUGUUGUCCUUGCAUUUUACCCGGCUUUAAGAAUAUACGCGGCGGCGAGGAAACUAUUUCGCAAAAAUACAGGUGUUCGUGACAGUCUAUCUAAACUGGGGGUUAUUGGUUUGAUCGCCGUGGAAAUGGUAUUAAUCGGGGUACCCAUUGUGGACUUGGGAAGGAGACAUCUAGCGUUGGCAUCUUCGGCAGUUGUAACAUGUGAAAUGUUCAGAUUCUUAAUGAAAAUUCAUGCAGUAGCGAUAGCGUGCGCUCCCUAUGGUGAAAACGAGAGUCCAGCGCUACCGACCUUCAAGCAUUAUAUUUACUUCUUAUUUGCACCCACGCUCGUUUAUAGAGAUCAUUAUCCAAGAACAAAGACAAUAAGGUGGGCCUUCGUACUAUUUCACUUCCUCGAAGUUGCCGCAAUAAUUUUAUACAACAGCUUCCUCUGGGAACGAUUCAUAUUACCUUACUGGUCUGAUUAUGGAAGACAAAGCAAGGUGGAAGCCGGUUUGGUAGUUCGUGGAAUGUUCGCUUGUGUACUUCCAGGAUUUAUAUCAUUUCUCUGCGGUUUCUACUGUGUUCUUCAUGCGUGGCUAAAUGCCUUCGCUGAGAUGCUCAAAUUUGGAGACAGAUUAUUUUACGAGGAAUGGUGGACUACCUCUCGUUUCUCACACUACUACAGAGCAUGGAAUCGCGUUGUACAUUCUUGGCUGAGAGACCACAUUUACAAGCCACUGGCGCCACGUGCCGGUCGAGCCAUUUCCACAUUCAUCGUAUUUUUUGUUUCAGCAGUGGCCCACGAAAUAAUAUUGGCCUUAUCCUUUGGAUUCUUCUACCCUGUUUUGUUAAUGGAAUUUGGUGUAUUCGGACUGUUGAUGUUACCACUCACCGCAAGCAGUGGAAGGCGUUUUCCUAAUGCAUUCAAUUUAAUAAUGUGGCUCUCAUUUUUCUUUGGAAACGGACUUCUCUGGAGUCUCUAUUCAAUGGAAUACUUCGCUCGAAAAAAUUGUCCACCCUCACAAAGCGACAGUUUUUUCAUACCAAAAUCAUGGUCAUGCCCGGAAGUGGUACUUAAACCGGAUUGGACAUUCCAAAAUCCUUUAAGUGUCCUAUAUUGACAAAGGUUGUAUAUGGGCCAAUUUAGCGUUGAUAGCUUUAAUAGUACAAUGAUUUAUUGUAAUUUUGAUAUUGCAUAUUAAUAAAAAAAAAAACCGUAUGAUAAUACUUAUUUUUUAUUUAAUAAUAAAUUUAUAUUUUGAAUGGAA